CUGACCAGUGGACAGUGGACAGUGGACCCCCCUCCGUCCAACAUGAAGACUCUCCUCCUUGUGGCUCUGCUCGGAUGCCUCGCCUGCGCGUUUGCGGAGAAGGUGAGAUGGUGCGUGACCUCGGAUAAAGAGCUUGCGAAAUGUCUGGACCUCGUCGGAGCAGCUCCCAACUUCGCGUGCGAAAGAAGAGCUUCAGUCAUCGAAUGUCUGACUGCGAUACAAGCUUCGGAGGCAGAUGCCAUCACUUUGGAUGGAGGGGAUGUCUACACUGCUGGACUGGACGACUACAACCUCCAUCCUAUUAUUGCCGAAAAGUACCCCGAUUCAAAAGCCUGCUACUAUGCUGUUGCUGUGGUAAAGAAGGGCACACAAUUUAACUUUGAUGACCUCAAAGGAAAGAAAUCCUGCCAUACCGGUUUGGGGAAAUCUGCAGGCUGGAACAUGCCCAUAGGAAAUCUGCUGUCUAAGAAAUUAAUCAAUUGGCAAGGCUCUGACGUCAGCCGAUUGGAGGAUGCCGUGCGUGCAUUUUUCGGGGCUAGCUGUGUCCCAGGAGCUCCACGGGACAGCGGUUUAUGUGAACUGUGCACCGGCGACUGCUCUAAGACCAACAGAGAGCCUUACUAUAAUUAUGAUGGUGCUUUCAAGUGCCUGGCAGAUGGCAAAGGAGAAGUGGCUUUUGUGAAUCAUCUAACUGUCCCUGCUGACCAAGCGGACAGAUAUGAGCUGCUGUGCUUAGAUAAUAGAAGAGCAGCAAUUGGCAGCUUUGAGACUUGCAACCUGGCCCAGGUACCAGCUCAUGCUGUUGUCACACGCAAGGACGAAAGAUUAACAGACUUAAUCUUGAACAGUCUCAACGCAGUAGAGAAUUUUAAUCUAUUCUCAUCAGCCAAAUAUCCCGAUGCAAAGAACCUGAUGUUCAAGGACUCAGCAAUUGGCCUGUUACGGAUUCCACCUCGCACCGACUCCUUCAUGUAUCUGGGUGCCAAGUACUUAAACAUCGUACAAUCCCUCAAGAAAGUGACUACUCCAACUACUACAUCCAAGGCGAUGAAAUGGUGUGUUGUCGGCAACUUGGAGGCCCUCAAGUGUGACAUGUGGAGUUUUAAUACCAACACCACAAUGAGAUGCAUAAAAGCUGAAUCAGCUGAAGAUUGCCUGCAAAAGAUUAUGCGUAGUGAGGCUGAUGUGGUGGCAGUAGAUGGAGGACAGGUGUACACAGCUGGAAAGUGUGGUCUGGUUGCUGCUAUGGUGGAACAAUAUGAUGAAGCGCAGUGUAGCAACCCUCAAGCCACCGGCUCCCAUUACUAUGCUGUCGCUGUGAUAAAGAAAGAUUCAGGCGUGACGUGGGACACUCUGAAGGGCAGAAAAUCUUGCCACACAGGCAUUGGCAGAAGCGCUGGCUGGAACAUCCCCAUGGGUCGCAUCCAUGAAAAGUCUAAAUCCUGUGACUUUGAACACUACUUCAGUGAGAGCUGUGCCCCUGGAGCAAAUAUCACCUCCCCACUCUGUGCCCUGUGCAUCGGCAAUGAAGCGUCUCUGUUCAAGUGCAAACCCAGAGAUGAGGAGCGAUACAACGGUUACAAUGGAGCGUUUAGAUGUCUCGCGGAGGGUGCCGGUGAGGUCGCCUUCAUUAAACACUCAAUCGUUUUGGACAACACCGCUGGUACCGGACGUCCACAGUGGGCUCAAAAUCUGAUUGCUGAUGACUACAGGCUCAUCUGCCCUGACAAAGGUCCAGUAUCAGUCAAUGAGUACGAGUCAUGCCACUUGGCUAAAGUGACUGCACAUGCUGUAGUGACUCGUCCAGAGAUGCGUGACGAGGUGGUCCAAUUUCUCAAAGAUCAGCAGGCUGACUUUGGACUCAGUGUAAAUGAUGGCUCAUUCAGUAUGUUCAAGUCAGAAGAUUCAAAGAACCUCCUCUUCAAGGACUCCACAAAAUGUCUCCAGGAGAUUCCUAAAGGAACAAGUGUUGGACAGUUUUUGGGAGAAGACUACAUGAAGGUCAUGACUAAACUUAGAGAGUGCGAUGAAUUCACCUCAGCAAUGGAGAAGUCUUGCUCUUUCAACGCCUGUCAAGGGUGAUCAUGGACUUUGUGGUGCCUGGGGUGAUUAAAGCACCUUCCCACACUUCAAACUCAGUAUUUUAUUACUGACAUCUUCUCGAUUUUUACCUGUUGUGCACCUGUUUUGAGAGGAGCAAUCAGAUGCAAUACAUAUUCCAAAAUCACAAACAGACUCACAGUUCUUAUGAUGUUGAAACAAAAUGUAUCUUUGUUAUAAGAUUGACUGUCUUUUAUUGAUUCAUGCCUCGCUAUUUCUCAAAUAAACUGGUGUCAGCACACUUUCUUUUAAAA